GGCACCUGCCCUGCUCCAGAUGUAGUGGGUAAAAGUACCUCUAGAAAGAUAGAAAGAUAAAGACAAAGAUUCCCUUCGGAGGCACCGUCACCUCCUCCAGGAUUCUCAGGUAAGAUGGUCCUGAUGAGAGUGAUGCUGUCGGUGUCUCUCUGCCUGCUGCUGAUGUCCAUCGCCUCGGGCUGUGGACCGGGCAGGGGGUACGGAAAGCGGAGGCACCCAAAGAAGCUGACACCGCUGGCUCUGAAACAGUUCAUCCCCAACGUGGCAGAGAAAACCCUGGGAGCCAGCGGCAAGUACGAAGGCAAGAUCACGCGCAACUCGGACAGGUUCAAGGACCUGACUCCCAGCUACAACCCCGAUGUCAUUUUUAAGGAUGAGGAAAACACCAACGCAGACCGACUCAUGACACAAAGGUGUAAGGACAAACUGAACUCUUUGGCUAUUUCAGUCAUGAAUCAGUGGCCCGGGGUUAAACUUCGAGUCACAGAGGGCUGGGAUGAGGACGGCCAUCACUCUGAGGAGUCUUUGCACUAUGAGGGCAGAGCGGUGGACAUCACCACCUCAGACCGGGACAAGAGCAAGUACGGCAUGCUGUCCAGGCUGGCUGUGGAGGCGGGCUUUGACUGGGUCUACUAUGAGUCCAAAGCCCACAUCCACUGCUCUGUGAAAGCGGAAAACUCUGUGGCAGCCAAGUCUGGAGGUUGCUUCCCUGGUUCGUCCAUCGUGAUCCUGGCAGACGGACGGACUAAACCACUGAAGGAGCUUCAGGUAGGAGACAAGGUGCUGACUGCUGACCAACAAGGAAAUGUUGUUCCCAGUGACUUUCUCAUGUUCAUGGACCAGGACCAACAGAUUAUCAGAGAGUUCCAUGUCCUGGAGACUGACGAGCCUCGCUGCAGACUGACACUGACUCCAGCUCACCUUGUCUUUGUUAUGAACAGCAACAGUACCAACAGCAAGGACAUUAAGGCCGUGUUUGCCAGUGAUGUAAAGCUAGGAGAGCGGCUUCUUGUUGUUGGGAAAUACCAGCCCGACCGCCUCAUUCCUGCAAGAGUGACAAGAAUUCAUGUGGAGAAUUAUCGAGGGUCUUAUGCGCCUGUAACGUCUCAUGGAACCAUCAUAGUUGACUGGGUUUUGGCGUCUUGCUAUGCAGUGGUUGAAGAUCAUGACCUUGCACACUGGGUUUUUGUGCCAGUCCGACUGUGGCGCUCAUUCUUGUCGCUGGUUGGGAUGGUGAAAGAGCUCAGCAGUGUAUACCAAACAGACGGAGUCCACUGGUACCCAGAGCUCCUCCACCAUGUGGGAAGUUGGAUUUUGGACAGUAGUUCUUUUCACCCACAAAGCUGAGAUUUAUAUAGCUUUGACAGACUGAACAUUCACAGCAAAUUUUUUCAUCAGCAUUUUUUUGGUCUUACCUAAGGCUGAACAUUAAAACAUGCUUUUAAAGGUGACAGAGAUCACUUUCUACACACCCUCUUUGAGAGAGCGCACACACACCUGUUACUUUUUUUUUUUUUUUUUUUUUACUAAACUUUCAACAUGUUUUAGUAUCAUUCAGGUUUAUCACAACUUGGCUGUUAUUUUUGUAGUUUUGACCAGUGUUCUUUACAUCAAUUACAUUGUGCUCACAAAAAGUACUGCUGAGAUCUGGGAACACAGUGACACUGCUACAAGUUAGCCAGAUAUGGCAAGAAACACAUUUGCCUUUGUUUUGUCUUCCAAGUGAGUUUUUUAAGCUGUAAAUCUGAAUCAACCUUUUUAAACACAGAAGUCAGACAAUAACACAAACAAAACAACCAAUCAAGGCAGCGGAGGACGCCUGUGAGGUAAAAUUGCUGUUUUUGUCAAAGGCAUCUGGUGGCUUUGAAGAGAGUGAUAUAACAGCUUCAGCUUCCUAUCAGAAGGGGCUGUCUGAUGACAAGGUAAAGUGGUGAAAAUGUUCUACAUAUAGCGUGCACUUAAACUGAUACUGAUGUUUUUAGGUGGCUAUAAUACGUUUUGCUGCUAACCCCCACUCAGCAUUGUAACGCAAACACUUGAGGCCCUCCAGCUAACCUGAGUGGAUUCAACAUGUUCUCAUCAUAACUUGUAAAAUAUUGCUGCUUGUACAGGUGACUUUCACCUCUACAUAUAACAUGUUAGGUAUCCUCCUGCAUUUGUUAUUGAUGUUUCAGGAUGCCGUGUCAAUUUACACUUAGUACAUGCAUUGUUUGUUUUCAAAACAAACGUACAAUUUCUGCUCAUUAGAUGCAUACAGUCAUUUUCAAAAUAAACUUACAACAUUGGUAAAACACCUUAUAUUUAUGUAUGUUCCUUGUGCAACAAAAGCAUGUGGUCAGGUUUAGGUAAAAAAAAACAUCAUGGUUUGGCUUUACAUUCAUACAGGAAGCAAACAGCAGGCUCCUGGGGUGAAAGUCCGGUGUUUGUUGGACCCAUCUACUGCCCCUCCCGCCCACCCUAUAAGGAGUUUACAGCUUAUAUUAUAUUGUUACUGGCAGCGUUUCCCCCUAACACCGUCUGUCAGUGUAUAAACUGUUGCUGUCCUAUGGCGUUUCAUACUGCUGCAAACGGUGUCACUGACAAAGCUGCGGUAUUUGAUGUCUUGGGAUUGAUAACAGACUAUUGGGUGUCUUAACUGCAGCACAGAACAGGUGAAUUUUAACAUUUUUUAUAGUGAGUAUAGUGAGGAUCAGUGGUGUAGUGGAGGGUAUAUGCGGGUAUAUGGGGUAUCCCACCUCGCUGGCAAUUCGAUUGCCUUGGCAAUCUGACGUCUCUGGAUCGAAACAGGCCAAAAUAUGUAUCAUGUACAGUAGGUAGGUAUGGGAGAUGGUUCUAAAUGUAUAUAUUUAUUUAUUUAUUCAUGUGUUACCAACAGAAUGGUUGUUGAUCUAUGUCAGCGAUACUCAACUUACAGCCCCCUGACAAAAUCUGGCCUCCAAUAGGGUGCUGAGUGCUGGGUGCUGGGUGCUGGGUUUUGCAGAAGUGGCCUCCAGGCAAAGCAAGUUGAGUGUCCCUGAUCUACGUGAUAAAUCAAAGUGUUUAAUUUUUUAAUGUGUUUGGGUCCAAAACCAUGCUGAGUGAUUCAUGUGUUUAUGAAUGCAGAGUUAAUGUGACUGUAAAAACUGACUGUUAUGGCCACUUAUAUUUUCAUAAAUGGAUAUGUUGACAUCAAUAAAUUAUAUUUUUAUACACUGGCUGUUGACCUCAAAGUGAUGAGUAGCCAGGCCGACAGCCCACAGCUCAGUCUCUCUAAAUGACUACUGACUUAAGGGCUAUAAAACAUUAAUGUAUCAGAAGCAUAUUUAAUGUACUGUGGGUUACACAGAU